AUGACUGAUCAUAAUAACCCUUCGGAACCAUUCUUCACCAAAACAACACCAUCAACACCACCACCAUCAACAACAACAAUCUCUCACUCUUCUUCGGAAUUGGAGGAAAUUACCAAACUUUGGUACCAGCAACAAGAACAAUGCCAACUCACCAUGAAACAACUCCGCGAAAAUGAGAAUAUUGUGAGUGGUGCGGAUUGGAUGGAAUAUUUAGCACGAGUGUACAGUGAGAGACUUGCCAUUCAAACGGUACAUUUGCCAUUACACUCUCAGAAUGUCAUUACUUUUCAAAAGAUGAAUCAAAUGGCGAAUCAAUUGGCAUAUUAUUUAAUAACGUCGAAAUGUACCACUGACAGUGGUGAGGAGAAGAGAAUUUAUACGCCAAUAUCGGAAAUUGAAGGAGAAAAUUAUGUCAUGACACAAGGUGACGUGGUGUGUUUGUUGAUGGAAAAUUGUGUCAAUUUUAUUCCUUCAUGGGGAGGAUUAAGCAAGUUAGGACUCACCAUUGCUUGUAUCAACACUAAUUUGACAUCUGACAGAAUGAAACAUGCCAUCGAACUUUCAGGCGCAAGAGCAAUUUUUGUGUCUCGGAGAAUGCUUCCAGUUUUUGAAAAGGCAAAACAAGAAGAACAAGAAUUUGAAAUUGCAACUCGAAAAGCACAUAUCAAAGAUUUUAAAGUUUACAUUGUGGAAGAUAUUAUUAAUUUUGAUGACCAUCGAAUGUUGGAAAAUCCAGAUCGUGUGAAAUAUCGAGGAAAUAUUACAGGAGAGGAUGCCUUAUUUUACAUUUAUACCUCAGGAACCACUGGUAAGAGUAAAUGCGCCAGAUUUUCACAUCGACGAUUUAUUGGAGCAGGAGUGACAUGGUCCAUUCAAAUGGAUCUUGUGAAAGAUGACAAGUAUUACAUUCCUCUGCCACUUUAUCAUGGAAAUGGUGGAGUUGUGGCAGUUUCUGCAAUCUUUCUAGUUGGAGGUUGUUGCGUAUUGAGAGAAAAAUUUUCUGCAAGCAAUUUCUUGAACGAUAUUCGAACAUUUGGAUGUACAGCGACCAUCUAUAUUGGAGAAUUAUGGAGAUACAUGUAUAACACCCCCGAAAAAGAGGAUGAUGCUGACAAUCCACUUCGUGUUGCUGCAGGAAAUGGACUCAGAAAAGACAUUUGGGAUAAAGUCAUAAAACGUUUUGGAAUUAAGAAAAUUGUGGAACAUUAUGGACAAACAGAAAUGUUGAGCGCCCAUCCCAUGAUUAAUUCUUACGGUAGAGCAGGCUCGUGUGGAUUUAUUCCAUUCGACUUGUGGACUAAUCAAAAGAAAGAAGUUCUCGUUACCUACGAUUUUGAAACAGAUUCUAUCAAGAGAGAUCCAGUCACAGGAUUUUGUGAAAUUGCAGGACCUGGAGUACCUGGUGAAGACAUUACACAAAUCCCAGAAAUUUACAAAGCAUAUAAUUCUCAUGAGGAUAACUUGAAGAAGGUCUAUCGAGAUGUUUUUGAAAAAGGUGACAUUUGGUAUAGAAGUGGUGACGUGUUGAAAUAUGAUACAGAUGGAUUCUUUUAUUUUGUCGACAGACUUGGGGAUAGCUUUAGAUGGAAAGGAGAAAAUGUUUCAACAACAGAGGUGUGUGAGGCUAUCACGAAAACUCUCGAUCAUCAUAUUGCUUUGAAAGAGGCGAAUGUUUAUGGUGUACAAGUUCCUCACUGCGAAGGUAGAGCUGGCAUGGCUCGAUUAUUACUAGACCAUUCGGUGGAUGUUGCUUCUUUGGAUACUGAGUUUUUAGUCGCAGAGCUCAAAAAACAUUUACCACAUUAUGCCAUUCCACUCUUCUUAAGGAUUUCAACCACAGAGAGCGACAAGACGAGUACACUUAAAUUUAUCAAGAGUCAUUACCAGGCUGAAGGUUUUGAUUUGGACCAAGUUGGUCACGAAAAGAUAUUGUUUUUAGAUCCAUCCACCAAGAGCAAGUACAUUCCUUUGAGCAGAGAGUUGUUCCAUUCAAUUUUGGAGGGUAAAAUUCGAUUGUAA